GACGUCUAAAACGUACGGAACACCGGGGAGUUCGCAGCACCGGUGCCGUGAGCUCGUGUCUUUUGCGUGUAGCGUGUCUGUAGAUGUCGCUGGAUGUUUCUUGUUAUACUCUCUUUUUUUGUUCUGCGCGUAAUAUUCGUAGGUUUAUGUUUCAUCGACAAUUUUGAAAACACAUGAGCACCAGAUACGGAAACUCGCCGGACUGAUAAGUAACCUAGGCUACCUCAAGACAUCAGCACCAGCCGUACCUGGACAGGCGUGAACGCAGUGAAACGGUAAACACUUGCCGGUGUAACCGGUUCCAUAUUAAGACGGAUCGUCAAUUUGCUUCGGGAGUAAAGACACUGGAUGCCUUAGUUUCCUUUCUAGGACUCCUUUAAAUCGCACUCAUAUCACGCUGAGUUGCCCAGACAGUCUCCCUGACAAUGGAUCUUACACCGGUUACCCUCCUUGUCUGCCUAAUCGCUGUGUGUCUGUCUGCGGAUAACACAGGCGUAAAAGCCCGGAGCUGCGCGGAUGUCCGUCAGUUCUACAGCGGCAAAGGGUUUACGUUAAAUGGUGUUCCUCAGUCCGAGAUAUCAGGUGAGCACCUGCGCGUAUGCCCACAGGGCUACACCUGCUGCACCAGCGCCAUGGAAGAGACACUCUCCAACCUGAGCCGCCGUGAGCUGGAGGGUCUGGUGCGUGAGGCGGGCCGCUCUGUCCAGGCCUCCCUCAACGCCCAGUACAGAAGCUUUGACACGUAUUUUCUGGAGCUUCUGAACGGAUCCGAGCGCUGGCUGGAAGAAGCAUUCGUCAAAGCCUUGGGGACGUUGUACGGUCCCAACGCGGGCAUCCUCCGCGAGCUCUACGCCGAGUUGCGGCGCUACUACCGCGGCGCGGCGCUGAACCUGGACGAGGCGCUGGACGAGUUCUGGACGCGACUGCUGGAGCGCCUCCUCAAGGCCUCCGAGCCGGCAGUCGCCGCGUCCCUCGUCUCCGACGAGUUCCUCGAGUGCGCGUCCAAGCAGACGGAGACGCUGCGUCCCUUCGGCGACGCCCCGCGCGACCUCAAGAGCAGGCUGGCGCGGGUGUUCGUCGCCGCGCGCGCCUUCGUGCAGGGCCUGAACGUGGCAGGAGAAGUCGUGAGGAAGGUGUCUCAGGUUCCUCUGAGCCCUGAGUGUAACCGCGCCAUCAUGAGGCUGGUCUACUGCCCACACUGCCGGGGCCUGGGCUCCAUAAAGCCCUGCAGUAACUACUGCAGGAAUGUUAUGAAGGGCUGUCUGGCCAAUCAGGCUGACCUGGACACAGAGUGGCAGAAUCUCGUGGACACGAUGCUGCAGGUGGCGUUUAGCUUCGGCACGGAGCCCAGCAUGGACGUGGUCCUCCAUUCCAUCCCCGUGCGCAUCUCUGAGGCUGUGCUUCACCUGCAGGAGAACAUGGAGCACUACAUCAGCAAGGUUUUACAGGCUUGUGGGGACCGUGGAGAAGAAGGCACACAGAGCUCAGUGUCUGAAGAGCCCAAAAAGAAGGAAAGCACUGUGACAGCCCUGGAGUACAAACCCAGCUCCUCUGCCGCAGUCAGGCUGGAGGUGCAGGUUACUGAUGUGUCCAGUAAACUGAAAGAGAUGCAGCUAUACUGGGUCCAGCUCCCCUGGGCUCUGUGCAAUAGCAAAGCUGCAUCAGGCUCGUCUGGCGAUGACGACUGCUGGAAUGGCGUGACCAAAGCCAGGUACCUCCCUGAGCUCAUGGGAGACGGUCUGGCCAAUCAGAUCAAUAAUCCAGAGGUGGACAUUGACAUCACCAAGCCAGACAUGACUAUACGACAACAGAUUAUGCAGCUGAAGAUCAUGUCUAAUCGCCUGAAGAACGCCCUCGAUGGCAACGAUGUGGAUUUCCAGGACACAAGUGAUGACAUCAGCGGUUCAGGAAGCGGCAUGUGCAGUGAAAAGUUCUGUGUGCGAGGCAGGCCACCGGUCUUUGGGCCAAAACUGGACACGCCCAAACUCGACGCCUACGGCCCAGAGAACAAAAGGGUGAAAGGUUCUGGAAGUCGGCUUCGGCCCUGCGUCUCCUUAGUCUUCUUGUUGCUGCUCAGCUUUCUACUGAGACGGUAAUGGAAACGGAGUCCUGCCAAACUGGACCAGGGGACUCAGGGUAGGAGUGCAUGGAAAAGGUGGGGUUGAGGAAAAAACUAAACAAAACACGUAGUGAGCUAACAAAAUUGCCAAAAGGAAAGUCAGUGAACGAAUGGACCUUUUAACUCAGAGGGAAGGAUCUCAAAAACUCUUCUUUUUUUAAUGUUUUUUUUUUUUUUAAAUGUAUGUCGAUAUUUAGAUUGGAUUUUUGUGUAUCAAAAUUGUUUUCUGUAAAUUUGAAUAUCAAACAAAGGUGAGAUCUUAGAGACGAUUGGUGUUUUUUUUUUUGUAAUGGUACACAUGGUUCUUAAGGUUCUUAAGCAAGACACAAGCAAUCACAAGCUAAUGUGUCUCAUUUCACAAUGCUUGAUUUGUACAGGUUAUUUGUAAACAAUAUUUGUUAUUGUUUUUUGAGCACUUGACAAAAUAAUAAUCUGGAUGCUGGGAAAUGCCUUUAAGGGAAGAUUAGACAACAAUUCCAGAGCAAAAAAACAAUAAUCCCUUAAUCCCAAUUGAUAUAUAAUAAUUAGUACAAAGUACCAUCGGUGAUACAUGAUUCUGUCAUUUUGCUAUAGAUUUCACUUACUGGUAGACAAAAAUGCAAAACAAGAAAUAUAUGUUAAAGUAAAUGCAUUAAAAAUGAAAAAGAAGGCAUAAUUUUGGGUCAAAUCUGUGUGCAUGCUUCAGUCUUGAAGAGGCAAUUGCUAACGACUUCGCUGAAACAUUUUAUAAAGCAGAUGUUUGCAAGAAUUUUCACGGAUUGAGAUAAUUGUGUCAUAAAAGCUCUUGCAAUACGAUCGCAGCUGCAGGCUAGAUUUCAACAUGUUGGAUUUGAUUCUUAAGGACUACAUUUCAGCAUUUACAGAGAAAGUCACUGUCAAAAUAAGAUCCUCUGGUGUCAGAACAUCAGAGUAGACUCAGCUUGCAAUUGAUUUUCUACCUACUAGAAUCCGAAUCAUCCAAAGACCUCAUUUAGUUUGAUAGGGAGGACGUUUAAAAUAAAAAUGUACUACUCACGUUGAAUGUCAGCUUGUUGAAUGUCAACAGACAAAAUGCGUCAAAUGAUAAAUGUUCUUUGUUCAGUUACAGACUUUGUACUUAAGUCAUUUGUAGUCAAUGAAAUGCACAUAAUGUGGCUAACAAACACUGAUCCCAGUGAUUGAAUGUUAAGGGUCGAUUGCAAACCCUUUUCUCACGUGUUUUAUCAGAUGUUUGUGGCAAAGAUUCCCGAGCACAUUUACUUCAGCACAUCACAGGGAGGAUGUUUUUGAUAACGUUUACAUCCGACUUGCAUUUCAACAUUGAUGGGUUUGUGAAUGUUUUUUUACUGUAAAGAAAGAGUUUAUCAAUGUUACAAUGUCUCAUUCGCUUUGUUAGUCACUGAUAUCACUUUCAAAGAUAACUUUUGUUUAAUCAGUGAUGCCCUUACUGUUAUACUUUCUUGAAAAAAGAGCUACUGCACACUAUUUAUAUUUCAGAUUUGCCAAUGGACUUUUUAAUGUGGUGUGCACAUGAAUGUAAGUCAUAAAACGAUAAAACACAAAAACACAAAAAAGGCAAUUCUAAUGUCAUCACCAAAUCUUUUUUUUUUAAAUCCCAAAACUAUUCAAAUCACAGGUUUGCUGCCCUCUUUUACAGACUUCUGAUAUUGCUGACAUUUGCUGAUAUUUAAUUAAGACUGUUUAUCUCAAUGUACAUGGUCUUUGUAUCACAUCUCAAAUAAAACUGUAAUUUUC